CAUGAGAGGGAGAGUGGCCAGGAGAGGAGGAGAAUAAGACCAGAGGAAGGGAGAGGAGAGCCACCAUGGGCGCCACGGCUACAAUUUGGAGAGUUUGGUGAGGAAGAAAACGGGAACGCGAGGACAACAGAGGAGGAGUGGCGCCACCCGUGAGGAGCCGAGUGUGACAGUCAAAUAUUACCCGCGUGGCUACACCCUCUACACCCUCCGCGACCAUGGCCCACCUCCCUAGUGCCGAGGACGGCGAGGAGCCCGGGAUCUCCAUGGUGGAGCUCCUGGAGGCCCAGGAGGAAAGGCAGCUGGAUGCUGCAGCUGUGCUGGGCGCCGCCGACGACACCAGCUGCACCUACGACCAGGGAUAUGUCAAACGGCAAGCACUGUAUGCUUGCAUGACUUGCUGUCCAGCUGAUGGUGGCAAGUUAGCUGGUGUGUGCUUGGCUUGCAGCUAUCAUUGCCAUGAGGACCAUGAUCUAAUUGAGCUUUAUACAAAGAGAAAGUUUCGUUGUGAUUGUGGAAACUCCAAGUUUACGCAGAAUAUCUGCAAACUUUUAAAGGAAAAGCUACCUGAGAAUCCGGAAAAUGAGUACAACCAUAACUUUCGUGGGGCUUACUGCACUUGUCAUCGCCCUUACCCAGACCCUGAAGACUCCAUAGAGGAUGAGAUGAUCCAGUGUUGCAUCUGUGAGGACUGGUACCAUGGUCGGCAUCAGGGUAGUAAUGUUCCUCCAGGUGAUGACUAUGCAGAGAUGAUUUGUGGAGAGUGCCUUCCCAAACACAAGUUACUUGCUUAUUAUAUGGGCUAUGCUGUUACUACAGUUAAGGCAGAAGAUAGUAAAGAUGCAGUUGAUGUUGAAAAGUCUUCUGGAAAGACUGCACACGAGGAAGAAAAGGUAGAACCGAGGCAUACCGAGGAUUGUUCGGAUGAGACUGAUUUUAAAGUGAAAGAGAAAACAUUAAGUAUAAAUACCGAGGAGCCCAAAGAAAAAGAUGAAGUCGUUAAGGUUAAUGGUGCUGUAGAGAACAAAUUGUCAGGAUGUAAACUGGAUGUUCUUAAAAAACAAGAAUUGCCCAGUGGUGCUGUAUUUUUACCUGAUCAGUGGAGGAAGCAACUCUGUACCUGUGAAGCUUGCAAGGCUAAGUACAAAAAUGAGGGGAUUCUUUUCUUGCUUGAUGAUGAGGACACUGUGGCAUUUUAUGAGGAAAGUGGAAAGUCUCACCACCAGAGUCACAGUGCUGCUCCAGCACAAAGAGAGCUGGAAGCCCUAUCUUCUCUCGAUCGUGUCACCAGGACAGAGAUGGUUCAUGAGUACAACACACUAAGUUCAUCGUUACGAGACUAUCUGCGCAAAUUUGCAGAGAACAAAAAAGUGGUACGCGAUGAAGACAUACGUGAAUUCUUUUCUCAGUUGGAAGCUAACAAGAAAAAGCGUCCUGGCUCAAGUAUCCAGUUGUUUUGCAAAUGAAUUCCUAUGCACCAGAGAGUACUAUAUUUUAGUAAAAAAAAAAAAUAUGAACCAUUUUAGCUUAUAAAUGUGCAGUUGCAAAAAUUAGUAGUCUUCAGUUUCCAAUUACCGUAUAUCCUUGUGUAUAUCCUUCAUUUUGUAGAUGUUGUUUCAGCUGAAAUUAGUUAAUAGUUAACUAUUAAACCAGUACUGUUUUCAGAGGGAUGAAAUUCAUGCUUGGUAAGAGUCAAAAAAUUGACAAAAGGGAGCCAGAUUUCUAUAGAAAAUAAAAUAAGCUACAUAAAUUAGUGUCAUAAUUUAUUGUAGCCUACUGGUGUUCGAAAGCAUGAUCAUCAAAAGCCUAUUGUAGAGAGUACACAUUUACCAUAACUUCUGUUGUCAUGUUAAUUCACUCACUGUAUAUACAGCUUAGUUCUGUAGUUUAUCAGUAAAUACCAGCACCCCAAGUUCAGUUUUUUAUACCAGUAAUUGAAUUUUGAGAUAACUUUCUUACACUGUACAUUCUGGUAGUGUCCAGGCAAUGUUGAAUUUAUGACAAUAACAUCUCCAUGUUGUAGACCAGUGCAGCUCAGCCUGAACAUCACCAUCUAUUUACUGUAUUUGUAUCACAACACACAAUUCAUGAAAUAAACAGAGAAGCAGUAAAAACAAAAAAUACUGAUCUUUCGUUUAAAACAGACCACAUGAAACUGCUAAUAAUAUACAUUAAAAAAAAUUAUAUUCACAAAACUCUUCUGGUUGUAUAUUACAAAUAUUAUGGGGAUAGAUAAAAAUCCAUUAGAUUCUUUCAAAUUGAAUCUUCGUCUCCUGCACCACCGAAUACAUUCCAGUCUUCUGGGUCAAGUAUUUCUUUGUAUGGAUCAUCUUUAUCUGCAGUCUCAGGGUAAUCAUUUCAUUCAUCACUUUUAUCUUCCCAUAAAUAGUCAUCUGCCAUAUCAUCUAAGGCAUUAGAAAUUACACAUUUUUUUUUAAGGCUUUCACUGCUUUGCAGGAAUUGCUCUCUUAUUAAGCCUUUAAAAGGUUUAUUGAUGCUAACAUCCAGUAGCUGCAAUAUGCUACAAAAUAAGUAUUAUUUAUUUAUAUAGUAUAUACAAGAAUUCUUACAUUCUUGUAAUAAGUUCUCCAGUAUUCAUUACAUUGUCAGUAUUGUUAGCUUGAGCUUCAUUGGUAACACUGCACUGUGUGAUCUGAACAUGUCCCAAACCAGUAAGCUUUUUGCCUUUUCUAAGUCUAUUUGUUCACAUAUUCCAGACCUCCUUAAUCCACUUCUUGCAAUCAUCUUCAUCCAUUCAUCCACCCUUUUUCAUGGAUCUGGAAAACAAUGCCUUUUGGAUAUUUCUGUCUGGGCAGAGUUUUGCACUUAAAAAUUGCCAUAGGCUUUAACUUUAUUCCAUCUGCAUUACCCAACCAUCUGGGCUGGAUGGUAAAGCGACGGUCUCGCUUCAUGCAGGUCGGUGUUCAAUCCCCGACCUUCCAAGUGAUUGGGCACCAUUUCUUUCCCCCAUCCCAUCCAAAAUCCUUAUCCUAACCCCUUCCAAGUGCUAUUUAGUCAUAAUGUCCUGACUUCCAGGACGAGCGUGUGUCUUACUUCCCGACUGCCCCUCAGGGUCACUUGUCUCUCUAUAGAAUUAUUGGUGAAUCGGAUUCUUUUGAUAUCAUUCGCCUUGUGCGUUUCUGUUCUCAUAUUGGUAUCUUUAAGUGAUGUUUAGCGCCCUAUGAUUAUUCCGCACAUUUGAUGGUGCUACAUAGUUUUCCCGGCUUGGUGCCUUCUUUUGAUAAUUACUUACUUAGUCAUAAUGGCUUGGCAUUUUCUCCUGAUAGUUCCCUUCCUGCCAUUCAACCAAGCACCACAGUGAAUGAUACUUUCAGUAAAUUCCUUUCAUGGCCAGUAGUCUUAACCAAAACUGUUUUUGGUUCAAUCAUGUCCAUUGUUCUGUUCCCUUAUAUAUCAAAGUUCAUGGGGUUUUGUCCAUAAUGCUGAUGCAUGAGAAUCUGUAUUAGUUUUACUUCUGACUUCAGAUUACAAAGUGAUGGUACUCAAUUACCUUAUCAUUCAAUUCUGCUGGUAGAUGGUGAAUAAUCUUUUUCUGUAAGCAUUAAAUCAUCUUUUUCAUAAACUUAUUGUAUCAUCUAGCACUGACUUUGAGGUCCCUGAUUCCCUUUUUUUUUUUCUUUGGCAUGUAUUCUUACAGAUGAAGAAAUCACUGUGCUACCAUUCAGACGACACUGAUUUCCCAGUCAGCGACUUGUUCUUCUAAUUGUGGCUCCUUGGUUGGUUUGACUAUCUGGUUGCUCAAUUGGCUAGUUGGUUGGAAGACUGGUUAGAUUGAUCUUUCUCACUGCCUGGUGACUGUUUAGUUGAUUGACUGACUUUGUGGGCCAGAGAGUGUGGCUGGUGCAUUGGUUCAGAGGACUUUUGUACAGGUCUACAAGUCUUGGACAAGUCUGUGGUGCUUUCCCUGUGAGACAAUAAGUUUAUCUUAUAUCACUCCAAGAAUAACAUUAGGUUUUUAUUGCUGACACUUUUAGAAAUAAAUCCUUGUAUCCUAUUUGCCUUAUUUCCUUAUUUUGAAAAUUUCAACAGUGCUGUCUCUAAAACACGUUUCUCACCAUGUAAACAGAAGGAUGAACGAUGCAUGUGUUUAUUGUAUUUGAAAAUAAGGAAAUAUAGGCGUUGCAAGCUUGCAGCAUGACUUGUGCAUACAUUUUAAUAAUGAAGUGUGGCCGUGAAGGUACCCCUUGAAUGUGUAGCUGUAUAGUGCUCGCUAUUAUACAGUAUUAUACCACAUAAUAUUAUACUAAUACUGUAUUAUAUUAUACAGUAUACUAAACACUGAGCAUCGCAGCUAUAGUGCAGGUUAAAGUAACGAAGGUACAUAUAUAAACCUAAAUGUCCAGACCUGCUGUUUACUAUUUGAAUUAAUAUAAAUUUGCCUUAAAUUCAUAAAGAUUGUGUAAUAGUAUUAUUUCUGUGUGCAGGAUAAUACCCUGACCCUCCAAAUGUUGACUUGUUAUAUGUGCAAUCCUAGAGUCAACAACAAGGUAUAUGGAAAAUUCCUAAUCUUUUGGCGAAAAAUAGGGUGUCAACUAUUACACACGGAUAUACGGUAGUUAAAAGAAAUAUAUUAAAGACAACUAUACUGUAUUUGAAAAGUGCACAUCAAAGAGUUUCUCGUUCAUGGAUAAUUUAUAAACUAAAUUAUAAUUGAUUAUGAAUGUAAUGUUAGAAAAGUCAUGUAAUGGUUUUUAAAUAAUAUAAUGCUGGGUUGUGAAAAAUAUUCAAAUAAAAAAUACUUCAAUGUCAAAGUAAUAUUUGUUCUAUUCAAAAAGCAUAGCAGCUGACUUAAUUUUUUUUAGGAAACAUUAGAUAUUGUGUUUGGGACAACAUAUGGGUCAAUAUGUGCAUAUUACUUUUGAUGAUUUAAAAAAACAGUUUACAAAUUUCUGUACACACUUUUUUAUCAGUUUUGAUAAACAUACAAUUUUUAUCAGUUUUGAUAAACAUACAAUUUCACUCAAGUUUUAUAUACUGGUACUUCGUAGGAACUCUUGGUGACAGUAAAUUUGCUCCAUUUACACUUGCUAUAUGAAUUGAUGCCUAUUAAAAGUUUCGUGUACAAUUCUUGGGGCCAGAAUGUUAUGUGAAUUGUCAAGAGUGUAACAUAAAUUUUUUCUUUACUGUGGAAUUUAUAAUGGUGGAUGUUAAACAGGUGAGCCCUGUUGGCUGACAUGUCCUAUACAAAAUUGUAUAUACUUGUAUAGUAUAUAUAAUUAAGGAACACGCUAGGAAAUAGUGUGAUAUCUCUGUGAAAAAAUCAUUGGAGCAUAUUGUGGUCCAAUGGGUUAAGGCGUGCAUUUGGGGGCGAGCCAGAAAGCUGGUUUCACCCCCAUCCUGCUUCAAUGAUUUUCGUAAUGAAAGCCACACUUUACAAAUUGCACAUUGAAAUGAUCAUAGAGCUUGAUAUUACAUAGCGAGUACUCGUGAGUAAUUGAAUGCAGCAUCUGGUGUAAAAUUUACUUUGGGUGUUAUAAAGAGGAACUUUACAAAAUAAAAAGUGAGUAGUUACCAUUUUUCUCAAUGCCUAAUAAUGUACUGUAAGUGUCUGAACAUAUUCAAAUGUAUGUUAACUAUUUUUUUACAACAAUUCCCUUCGUGUUAAACAGGAAUUAGCAUAAUUGAGCAGUUAUUUAUUUAUUUACUGUAGUAAUAUAUGGUUUAGUCAGGUCAUGAUUAUCCGAGGUCAAUUGUUCCAGAGCUGGUGCAUUAUGCAAUAGUCUUUGUUAAUCUACAGUACCUGUAAUGUACAGUCAGUGUAAAAUAUUAUUUAACAGCAUGUGUGUUUUAAUACCUAUGUUUUUUGUACAAUGUGUGUUCAUUUGUAUGCUGGAAUGAGUAAAAUGCAGUAAAUCAUUGUGAUCGGAUAAUCAAGACUUGACUGACAUUUUUCUUAUUUGUAAUUAUAAAGCUUUUGGCCACAUGAUAUGAUUUUGUUUAUCUUGCCUGAACUCUAUAAUAAACAAGUACUGUAGUUAAACAUUUUCCCAGCAGCAGCAAGGCUAAACAAAGUUUUGUAAAAUUUUAUCAAAAAAUAAAUAUGGUAAAUUUAGUUUUUAUUAUACAAUUGUGAUGUGAAUUUUGGUUUAUAUUUAUAUUUUGGUUCCCAUUCCACUGUUAAAUAUUAAAAUUGAGUUGUUAAUCCAGCUAGCUCAAUUUUCCAUAAACAAUUGCAGGAUAAUGUUUACAUUUUAUGGUGUAACAUUAGAAGACCUUUAUGGGAUUUUAAUGCUUUUUAGUUUUGAAAUUUACAAGUAGUGCAACAAGCUGACUAGUUCAGCCAGCUGCUGCUUCUCAUUGACCCAGGUUUUAAAUUGGUGUCAUGUUUAGCAGUACAGGUUUUCAGUGAGUGUACUUUCACUGUAAUGGCUUUUAAAAAGCUGCAUAUUCACUUGUAUAUUGUUAAUGAUGACAUUUUAUAGACUUAAGACAUUAAAAGAAAUAAAAACUUAGGCAGUAUGCCA